AGCAGGGGGCGCUAAUCGCUGCUGCAACAAAUACCAGAAGAAGAAAGAAGAAUAACAACAUCCGCCUGACUCAACGACUGGGAUUGCUCCGUCUACUGGUCUCCACCGGACUCUGCUGGUCUCUAUCGAACUCUACCGGACCCAGGUGGUCACAGAGGAUCGAAAAUGCCUGGAUUUGAGUUAACUGUUUCGGAGGAGGAGGAAAUGGUGCCGGCGGCUCCGAGUGUCCUUGUUACCGGGGCGACGGGUCUUCUGGGUCGGGCCGUUCUCAGAGAGUUCCAGAGCAGCGGCUGGUUGGUCAGCGGGAUGGGAUAUCGGAGGGCCAGGCCCCACCUCCUCCGCUGUGACCUCACAGACGAGGACGCCGUCAGAGCGGCGAUGCAGCAGCUCAAGCCUGAUGUGGUGGUCCACUGUGCAGCAGAGAGACGUCCAGAUGUUAUGGAGAGAAACACUGAAGCUGCUGUUAAUCUCAACGUGCACGCCACGAGCACGCUCGCCAAGGAGGCCGCUGCGUGCGGAGCCUUCCUGCUCUACAUCAGCACGGACUACGUGUUUGACGGGAGGAAUCCUCCGUACGGAGAAGACGACGCUCCCAGCCCUCUCAACGCCUACGGACGCAGCAAGGUGGAGGGAGAGAGAGAGACACUUCGACACUGUCCAGGUGCGGCGGUGCUGCGGGUGCCCGUUCUGUUCGGGGAGGUGGAGUCUGUGACGGAGAGUGUUGUGACGUCUCUGUGGCUUGACGUCCAGAACGUCUCCGAGGUGUCUCUGGAUCACCGUCUGCAGAGGUUCCCCACGGACGCCAGAGACGUGGCCGCCGUCUGCAGGAAGCUGGCCCAGAGACAGAGACAGGACCCAUCCAUCAAAGGAAUCUUUCAUUUUUCAGCUAAAGAACAGAUGACCAAAUAUGAGAUGGCCGUCGCCAUGGCAACAGCCUUCAACCUGCCGUCCAACCACCUCAUUCCUCUGACGGAGCAGCUGCCGGCUGCGAUUCUUCGACCAAUCAACAGCCAGUUGAACUGUUGUCGUCUGGAGCUGCUGAACCUGAGCGUGGAGCCGCGAGCGUUCACCUCCGCCAUCACAGACUGUCUGUGGCCCUUCACACCGGACAAACGCUGGAGACAGACGGUCUUCCACUGACCUAGAGAGAGAGACAGGCAGACAGACAGGCAGGCAGA